ACUGAGCUCACUUCUACUUAAGGAGAAGGAAGGAGUCUCUUGCCGUCCCCCUACUGUGGGGCCCCAGGUAGGGGGCGGCAGCUAGGACCAUGCCUGUGUUCCUGCAUCCCCUUGAGCCGGCUCCUGAAGAUCGGGUGGGCGCCCCAGAAUGGCGACGGCGUACUCGGGAUACAGUGAAUGCUGCCCAGCAGCUGACGGAGCAAUGUGGCAGAGACGCGGUGUCCGUGUGGCAACCCCACGAAGGCAUCUCAGACCAAGACGUUGCCCACAGCAAGUCCCGACAAACUCACACGGCCCCCUGGCGUUUUCGCGUAGAGAUGCUCAAGGGCGGCGGGACAGUGGAGCAGCCUCCCCCAGGGGACGGGGUCACUCUCUGGAAGCAGAAGCUUAAGCCCCCCGCGUGGCUGGCAACCGUACCCCUGCCCCUGCACAGGGAAGCCCGGGCCAUUCAGACUAAUGAGUAUAUCCAGAACUAUGUCCGAGGGGUAAGGCUCUUGGCAGCUCGCCUGCGCCAGGCAGAGCAGGAGAUCAACGAGCAGCUCCGGGCCCUCCUUCGGCAGAGGGAAAUCACAGACCACAGGCUCAGUGAGAUACGAAAGGGCCUGCUCAUCAAUGAACAAAGCAGGGAAAUCCGGCUGUACCGGCCUGCCUCAGAGAAGGUCACAGACAAAGCUGACACACUGCUCAUGUGGGAGAAAGAGGAAUUUCAGAGCCUGAAAAGGAAAAUGGAAAAAGACAUGGAGACCUCAGAGACUUUCCUCAAGGCCCUGUCCAAAUGCCGUGAUGAUCUAUCAUUUUGCUGUGAAGAGCGGCUUCGGGCGGUGGAUCUCAUGAACCACUGCUUGGAUUCAGUGCUGGUGGAGGCUGGGCGUCAGUCCUGGAUCAAUAUCAGCCGAAACCACACUCCCAAGGUGCAGGGUACCGCCAGCCCACCAGUCAACCCUGUGGGGGUCAACCCCCCAGAGUGUAACGUGGCUCUGGAGGAUGCCAAACGACUACUGGUGGAGGGAAAAACGGUACUGGAGAACAUGAUCAAGAGCGAGCAUCAUGCCCAUACCUGGCAACUGCAUGUCACCAAGUCUGUGGGGAAUUCUCUGUCUCGAAAGAUGCAAGAAACUGUGCAACUCAAGGAAAGGAUCAACAUGAUGACUGGUCUCAUGAGAGGGACCAUUCACCGAUGCCAGAAGUUCAAGGAAGAGAUUCUUUUCACAAAGGAACUCAGCAAGGGUCCUGUGACUCAAAAACACGCAGAAACCAGAGAGAAGGUGGAGAGGCCCAUGGUGCGUGUGCUCCAGAGACAUGUUGGCACCCAGCUUCCAGAAGCCAGUCGCCUUUCUAUGGGCACCGAAGAACUGAAGCGCCAAGCUAUGAGAAUGGAUAAGGACCUGGAGAAGCUGACAGCCACCAAGGAGCACCUGCUCAAGUGCCUGCGCCACAAGCAGAUCGGUCAUGAUGUGGAUUAUGCUGUGUUGCGCCUGCGCCUACGCCAGAGCCAUCCACAUGUGUCCUAUGAGCAAGUCCAGCGCAUGUGCCACAAUUGACCCCUACCCCACCCCUGCCCUUGCCCUGGUCCCUGCCCCCGAUCUCCAAUAAAAGUCAGGUUGAAGAUUG